AUGCCGCUCAAAACCAGUAAGUAUGAAGCCCAAAGCAAGUGUUGGUGGCAAGAAAGGAAACCAAAAGCUGAGCCCAAAGCAAAGUCCACAACCCAAAAAGAGCCCAUACCAAUCAACGACCCCAAGCUUCACCCACACAAACCAGAGGCUAAUGAGGCUGGUGCCCUGCGCCGAGUGAAAAAUAAGCUUGAAAAGCAAUUGGAGGAUCUCACUUGGCGGCUGCAUCUAGAGAAAAAAUUGCGGGUGUCCAGUGAGGAGGCUAAGUUAGUUGAAAUUUCAAAACUUCAGAAGACAGUUGAAUCUUUAAGCCUUGAACUAGAUGCAGCUAAAUUGGCCACAGUUAAUGAGUGCAACAAAAAUGCAGUACUUCAAAAUCAGUUACAAAUGUCAGUGAAGGAGAAAUCUGCUUUGGAAAAAGAAGUUGCUGCAAUUGCUGAACUGAGAACUGAAAAUGCAUUUUUGAAGCACUCUUUGAACACCUCGGAGGAGAAGAACUCAGCAUUGUUGCAUGAGCUUAGUAUGGCUAAAGAAGAUACAAAUGAUACUGUGCGGAAGUUGAGGGAAGUUGAACAAGCAUGUUCACAAUUCCAACAGAAGUUGCAAAGUUUGGAGGAGAAGCUCUCAAAUUUAGAGGGUGAGAAUCAUGUCCUACGGCAAAGAGCAUUAAGUGUGUCCCCAAAGAGCAAUCGCCCCGGCUUGGCAAAGCCAUUUUUGGAUAAGUUCUCUGGUGUACUUUCUCUUCCGUCUUCUGAUCGGAAAUCUGCAUAUGAAUCGCCCACUCCUACAAAAAUCAUAGCACCUCAAUUACAAGGUUUAUCUGAUUCACGUCGAGCAAAGUUAACUUUGGAAAGGCACCAGGUUUUAUUCUCUUAUUUCUUGAAUGUGUAG